UUCCUGUGGCCUCUCUCCUCCAUGGCCCUCCUGGCUCUCACCCUGGCGCUGCUGGCAAUGACCGUGGCCACCACAGCCGUCGAGGAAAAGCCCCUGGACAUGGCCCCGAACUCCUUUGAUGACCAGUACCAGGGCUGUGGCCCUGCCAUGAAUAAGGCAUUGCCGGCCCUGAACCACACUGAAUUCCAGAAGAAUUCUCUGUUUGCCCAGGUCUGGCCAAGUGCAGUGAAAAUGUGGCAGAGUCGGGGGUCCCCAGUGUCCCCUCUGUCAUCCUCAGCCCAGGCCAUUGCCAUCAUGGCCUACACCAUGGAUGGCCUCUACAGUCAAUUCAACGAGGAAGUGAGGACGGCCGGGCACUCCCACAAGGUGUAUCGAGACGAUUUCCACUUCAAAACUCUGCAUUUCCUGCUGACUGGGGCUGUGCAAAGGCUGUGGGAUGCUCAGGGGCAGCAAUGUCACUGUGCCUUCCGGGGGGUGGAAAAGUACAAGUUCAAGGCAAAGGUCGGAGACAUCGUCCGGUUCGGUCAAUUUGCGUCAUCGACACUUUGCAAAAGUGUCAGCCAAUAUUUCGGGACCACCACGGUGUUCAAGGUGCAGACGUGUCGUGGUGCGUACAUCAAGGAAUUCUCCAAAUAUCCCAAUGAGGAGGAGGUGCUGAUCCCACCCUUCGAGAAGUUCAUGGUCACCAAAGUCACCGACAAUGGGGAUAAUGUGCAGAUUGAGCUUGACUAUGUGGGGACCUCCAGCAAAUACAACUGCGAGUGGCUGAGAGGUGGGGACAGCCUGGGGCCAUGGGACACCCAUGUCACUGUGGUGGGGACAGGCCCUGUGUGCUGGAUGUGGGUGGGCCGGGACCCCCACAAUAUCACCCUCUGCCACCUCCUGUCCCCUUCUGUCACCCUGAUCCUGUCGCCGUGGAAGCGUCCCCAGCACCCCCUGCCAACUCGGAGGACUCCUCUUGGCCACCACAGCCCUGGCACUGGCCAGAGGGAUCUUCUGAGCCAUGAAGCCACCAAGGUCACUGAGGUCAGCAAAGUCACUGUGGCCACCACAAUCACCAAGACCACCAGGAACUCCAGGAAACAAAGUCACCAAGGCCACCACGGCCUCCACUGCCACCAUGGCCACCUUGGCCUCUUUGGCCUCCAUGAGGUCACUGUGGCCACCACUGGCACUGUGGCCAUUGUGGCCACCACAGCCACUCUGGCCACCAUGGUCACUAUUAUCACCAAGGCCACUGUGACCACCAUGCUCACCAAGACUCCCUGA